CUUUUCUGCCCUCUCUAUGCGUCAUGUAUUUAAAAAAAUGUGAUAAGUAAUUGGGGCAGAAUAAGGGUUUGGCAGCGAAUACUUUUUCCAAGUAAAUUCUGUUGCAUCCUUGAGUCACGUGCAUCCAAGCAACUCCUGGAGGAAUUACAUAAUGCAUGUUCCAGGUCUGAUGAGAGCUCAAGUCCAGCAAUUUCUGACAUUUCAAGUGUGCAGUUUGUCAACCUCUGCAGCAAGUCUGGGAAUGGUUGUGGGGGCUGCCGCCUGGCCCUGGAGCGGAUCCAUUUGGUGACUCCAUGGCAGCUGAGGUGAAAGUGACUGGGCAGAACCAGGAGCAGUUCCUGCUGCUGGCAAAAUCUGCCCGAGGAGCUGCCCUGGCCAGUCUCAUCCAUCAAGUACUGGAGGCCCCCGGCAUUUAUGUUUUUGGAGAGCUGCUUGACAUGCCCAAUGUUCGAGAGCUAGCUGACAGCGAGUUCUCCCCUGUCUUCCGCCUGCUCACAGUCUUUGCCUAUGGGACGUAUUCAGAUUACCUGGCAGAAGCUGGGAACCUGCCUCCCUUAACGGAGGCUCAGAAGAACAAACUGCGCCAUCUGUCUGUUGUCACGCUGGCUUCCAAGCUGAAGUGCAUCCCCUACUCAGUGUUACUGGAGCAACUCCAGCUGAAGAAUGUGCGCCAGUUAGAGGACUUAGUGAUAGAGGCAGUCUAUGCAGACGUCUUGCGGGGGAGCCUAGAUCAACGAAAUCAGCGGCUAGAGGUGGAUUACAGCAUUGGGCGGGACAUCCGCAGGGAGGAGCUCAGCACCAUCACCCGUACCCUUCAGGAAUGGUGUCAGGGUUGUGAGGUUGUCCUGUCAAGCAUUGAAGAACAAGUCAGCCGAGCCAAUCAGCACAAAGAGCAGCAGAUGGUUCUAAAGCAGCAGAUUGAGAGUGAGCAGGUAGCAAAUCUGAAGAAGACAAUAAAAGUGACGACAGCAGCAGCUGCUGCUGCAACAUCCCAGGAUUCAGAGCAGCAUCUGUCUGAACUCCGGGAGCCCGCUCAGGGUACCAACCAGCGCCAGGCCAGCAAAAAGGCUUCCAAGGGCAAAGGGCUCCGAGGCAGUGCAAAGAUCUGGUCUAAAUCGAACUAGCAGGAUUGUUGGCUGGGAAGGAUGAACAUGUGUCCUGUGUGUGGUGCUUUCUUCUCCAACCUGGAUUUCCUUUUGUGCAAUCUCCCUCCCCACCAUUUCUCUCUCUCUCUCUCUCUCUCUCUCAUUAUUCUUUUAUUUUCCAUUUUUCUUCUCUUCUGGUAUGUCACAUUACACUUUUUCUUUAUAUUGUUCUCCAGUGAUUCUUUUCAUAUUUUUCCUGUUUCAAUUAUCGCCAAAUUCUUUGCUUUGCCUUCGGUCUCUCCCUCCCUCCCAGUUCUCUUGGAUGCAUCUUAAAGAGCCAUAAAAUGACCUCUGUUUCAAUGACAUUUGCACCAACAGAGUCUUGUGGAAGCCUAGGUGGAAAUGAAUCUGGCACCUAGUAGCCAUUUUCGUUUUGUGAAUGGAUCCUGGGACAUCCGCACUGGGACACAGCUUAACAUCUCAGUUUCUUGCUUUGUUGGGAUCACUGGAGGAGGAGGGGCGUGUGUGAGUGUGUUGGGUGGAUUGUUUUUAAAAAUAGUACAGAUAUAUAAAGCAAUUAA